UCGAGUCCGCCCCUUCAGUUUGAUUUCCUUGUUUGAAUACAAAGUAUUUUCCAACGUUCUAUUUUUCUCUCUCUAAUCUGAACCGUUUCCUUUCGUGUUGCGAUCCUUGCACUUUCACUGCAAUCUUCGUACUUCUCGUUUCUGCGUUUCUCAUCUGGCUCUGCAAUUGGAUCCCUUUGUCUUCUGAUUAAAUCAUCAAAGUGAAGUACCCAUUGCACUGUGGAUUCGUAAUUUUAGAGCAAUUGGAUUUACAUCAAUAGUGAAAGUAACUGUGAAGGAGUUGAGUGCUGCUGCUCCUUUAAGGGGGGAGUAGAAUGAUUUGUGAUCGAGCAGGAAUCGCCGCAUUCUUUGUGCCAUGAAACAAUGAAUGGUGACCGGAAAAUCCCUGUUUCUCCAUCGAAGGAACAGAUUGAUGGUGCUCAGAAGAUUAGAGCAUUGCAUGGGAGGACUACUGGUCCAACAAGGCGUUCUACAAAAGGGAAUUGGACACCUGAACAGGAUGAGAUCUUGCGGAAGGCUGUUCAGCAUUUCAAAGGAAAGAAUUGGAAAAAAAUAGCGGAGUGUUUCAAGGAUAGAACUGAUGUACAAUGCCUACAUAGGUGGCAGAAAGUCUUAAAUCCUGAACUUGUCAAGGGCCCAUGGUCUAAGGAGGAAGAUGAAGUAAUUAUUGAAUUGGUGAAUAAAUAUGGACCUAAAAAAUGGUCUACUAUUGCUCAUCAUUUACCAGGACGCAUUGGUAAGCAAUGUCGAGAAAGGUGGCAUAAUCAUCUUAAUCCUGGUAUAAACAAGGAAGCAUGGACACAGGAAGAGGAGUUGACCUUAAUCCGUGCUCAUCAAAUUUAUGGAAACAAAUGGGCUGAAUUAACGAAGUUCUUGCCUGGGAGGACAGAUAAUUCUAUUAAGAACCAUUGGCACAGUUCUGUCAAAAAGAAAUUGGAUUCUUACUUGGCAUCAGGGUUGCUUGCUCAGUUUCAAUCUGCACCACUUGCUGGAAAUCCUGAUCAACAGAUGGUUUUAACUUCAGAGAUGCACUCCGUUGGAGAUGGUAAUGGUCCUAAGAGGACUGAUAGAGAGGAUGUUUCAGAGUGUAGCCAAGAAUCAGCUGAUUCUGCUGGAUUGACUAGUAAUGUUGAUCUACAAACUCGAGAGGUGUAUAAGCCAGAGGAAGAAUCUAUUCUAGGAAAGGAUCAUAAUCUGAGUCAAGCAUCGUGUCCACAGCAUUACUACAUAUCUCUUGAUGAUGUGGAUAUCUGCAUCCCAGAAGUUGCUUGCCAAGAUGCUUGCUGUUCUCAAUUUGCUGAGCAGAUAUGCUCACACAAAUCUGGAAAUGCCCUAACUGGGGAUUACCAGUUUAAUUGUGUGGAUAAUAGUGAAAUGUGUAACAUGGUAAAUGUUCCCUUUCAGACUGAGGGGUUAGGUAUUUCAACUUUGAUGAGACCUGCAUCUAUGGAUCCUGCUAAGCCAAAUAACAUGUCAAUAUCUGAGGAUGAAUGUUGCAGAUUCCUAUUUUCGGAGGCAGUUAGUGAUGGAUGCUUUUCUCCCAGAGUUUAUAUUAAAGACAUGGACAUGGUUGAUUUUUCUGGAUGCAAUAUGUUUCUAUGUCAAUCAUGUCAUAUACAGAUACCUUCUCCUCGUGAAUCAUCUUCGACUUCACAGCUUACUUGUCCAAAGUGUUCUAACAACUUUAAAGGAAGUUCAUCUUCUCAAUCUUUCCCACCAGUAUUUUCUGCUAGUGUUUCUAGAUUCGUUUAUGCUAUUGUCUCUGGUGGACCUGAUAAUGUCAUUUCUUCUAAUGGCACAUCCAGUUCUCCUUGUGUUGACAAUAUAGAUAGUGAAGUAAAGCAAGAGCAACCAGAAACUCCGAAGGAUUCUUCAAAAUUGGUCCCUGUAAAUAGUUUUGGUUAUGGAUCAAAUUCUAAGGUAACUUGUUAUGCAAAAUAUGGGAAGUUGAAUGAGCAUUCAAAAAAGGAAGAUACAGGAACUUUAUGCUACCAACCGCCCUGUUUUCCAAGCUUGGAUAUUCCUUUUCUAAGCUGUGAUCUUGCACAAUCUGAGCCUGAUAUGCAGCAAGAAUUUAGUCCCCUUGGUAUCCGCCAGCUUCUGAUGUCUCCUGUAACCUGUCUAACUCCUUUCAGGUUGUGGGACUCACCCUCUGGUGGUGAUAAUCUAGAUGCCUUGUUUAAAAGUGCAGCCAAAACUUUUACUGGUACACCAUCCAUAUUAAGUAAACGACACCGAGAUUUGUUAUCACCACUUUCAGAUAAAAGAACUGACAAGAAACUUGUGACAGACAUGCCAUCCAGCUUGAUAAAAAGCUUUUCCAGCUUGGACUUUAUGUUUGAUGACAAUGAGAAUCGGGAGGCAGAUAUGAUUUCUCCGACUUCAUUACAAAAAUGGAGCAUUGCUGUGUCUGUUGAUGAUGAUAAAGAAAAUUGUGGUCAAACUGUUAAAGAUAAACAAGUAGAAGAGAAAAAUAAUUCUGCCAUUUCGGAUGAAAAGAACAGAGAAAAUGGGACUGUCAAAAAUAGCUCUCAGGAUAGCCUUAAGCAUCAAGUUGAUUCAAAGAUGAAGAAGAUUGAUAUUGACACUGAUAAUGAUGAUGAUAAUGAUAAUGAUAAUGUUGAACAGCCUUCUGGAAUUUUGGUUGAACGUAAUAUGAAUGAUAUAGCACCAAAUUCUCCUGGAUCAGACACAGUUCUAGGUUCAAGUGCUCGAACUCCCAAGAACUUGAGCAAUAGGAGGUUGGAAGCAAUUCCGAAUCAGCGCAGUCCAUGCUCAAGGGUCAAGUGUGUCCGGGCAAAGGAGCAUGAAAAGCUUUCAGUUGAUGUCACUUGUGUAGGGACGACUUCAGGGAAACAAGCCAAAAAUGAUGGUGGUUUUGAAACAAGUAGCAUAUUUGGUGACACACCUUUUAUGAAAAGCAUUAAAUCACCUUCUGCAUGGAAAUCUCCAUGGUUCAUCAACGCAACAUUUCUGUGCAGCCCCAGGAUUGCUACUGAAAUUUCAAUUGAGGAUUAUGGGUACUUAAUGAGCUCAGGCAAUAGAAGCUAUGACGCCAUCGGUCUGAUGAAACAGAUCAGUGAAAAAACUGCUGCUACAUAUGCUAAUGCUCAAGAAGUUUUGGAAAAUGAAACUCCUGAAGCAUUGCCUAAAAAUGCAUCUUUAAAUGACGAAGAAGGUGGUCAGGAUGAUAAUCAUCUGCAGAAACAGUCUGCUAAGCAUUCUCAGGCAGCUUCAAAUGCAUUGAUGGAACGACGCAUACUUGACUUUAGUGAAUGUGAAACAACACCAAGCAAAGGUGAUAACAGCAAAUCCUCACCUGUGAACUUCUCAAGCCCUUCUUCAUAUUUGUUGAAGGGUUGUAGAUAGAUUCAUCGCCAAUGGCUUAAAGGUCACCGGUUGCAAAUGCUGAGUAAUAUAUUUAUAAAAAUACAUAUACAUAAUAUUUGUAUUUUUUGGCAUUGGCGUUUAUACAGUGAUAAGACUUUAUUUGUAAUUGAAAUAAAACUGUUGCCAUUUUUUGCC